AUGGGGGUCGGCAACCUGCUGGAGGAGUACGAGACCUCGAUUGUUACGCGCCACACCUACCUUGUUAGCGGCAUCACGAAGUCGCUGCAGACGUUCUCGGAGGAGCAGUUUCUGUCCGAGCUGAGUGACGACCGGAACCCGCUCGGCGGGCGGCCGACGGUACGCAGCCGGCCAGCGCUCUACCAGCCGAACGGGGCGCACCGCCCCCAGCACCACCAGCCGCCGGAAGCGGCCGAGAACGAAAUUUACGACUCGGACGAAAGCAAUCUGCUCCGGACGCCGCUCGACCGUGGGCCGCACUUUGAUUUAUCGGCCUCGAAGAACAUCACCGCGCUGGUCGGCAAGACGGCCUAUCUCAACUGCCGGGUGAAGAGCCUCGGCAAUAAAACGGUGUCCUGGGUCCGGCACCGGGACAUUCAUCUGUUAACCGUAGGUAGAUUCACCUAUACUUCCGAUCAGCGAUUCCAGGCUGUACAUAAUCCCCAGACCGACGACUGGUCGCUACAAAUACGAUACCCUCAGAAGCGGGACACCGGUGUGUACGAGUGCCAGAUCUCCACCACGCCACCCGUCGGACACUCGAUGUUUCUCUCCGUAGUUGAACCCAUCACCACGAUCGUCGGUGCGCCAGAAAUGUUCAUCAACACCGGCUCGACUGUAAAUUUAACCUGUAUAGUACGCAACUCGCCCGAGCCACCGUCCACCAUCAUGUGGACGCACAACAAUCAGGAGAUCAACUAUGAUUCCCCCCGGGGUGGAGUGUCCGUCAUAACGGAAAAGGGCGAGACGACCACGUCCUAUUUGUUAAUUCAGCGCGCCAAACCGACGGACACGGGCAAGUACGUCUGCUCCCCGUCGAACGCGGAUCCUUCCACCGUCAAUGUGCACAUUCUGAACGGUGAACAUCCGGCAGCGAUGCAGCACGGCGGACAGCUGCGGAUAGCGGACCCGGUACAUGUGUUCCUGCUCUGGCUGCUGAGCUUCCUGCUGGGACGCCGAUGAGAGUGUGUGUGCGUGUUGCCGUUUUGCAGUGCUGGAACCUGCGGGAACUCGGAGAAACUGCGGCCUUCGCUGCCCUGCGGUACAAUUCGAACACAUCAAAGUGCAUCACAGCAAUUUAGAGCUAAUUAAACUAAACGGCAGUUGACCAAAACACGACACGGACCGUACCGGAAGGUGGAAACGAAAGGGAGGGGGGCUUAGGAUAAUUUAAUUUACGGCCAACUCGAAUGGGCGAAUACAAAUUGGAGGGAAAAACGCGCGAAGAUGCAGGCGAUUGAGCGGAAAUGAAGCGUCAAAAAUGGAGUGACAUAACUCAUCAUGGGGAUGAUCGAUUGGAGGGACGUGCUCUAAUCAUUUAGUUAAAUAACACGUUUUUACGAUCGCGAUCAGUGGACAGGGCUAAUGAUUUAAUUUUCAUUGGCAUUCAUUUUCCCGCCAUCCCGUGGGAGCAGGAACCACGGACGGAUGAGGUCGCGGGACUAGAUAAAUACGCAUUUAAUUGAAAGCAAUUCGUGUCGAGGUUUUGUGCUUUUUUUUCGCUCUCGUGGACUGAUUGAAAAUGUAGGUGUUUUGAUUGGAACGCAAGGCAAAGAGUUAAGCAGUUUAUUGGAAAAACACACACUCAUUGAACGGCACCGAGGGGGUCCCAUUAAAUUCCUAUGAUUGUUGUUUUUCCCGCAAAUCACACACAAAACAUUGGGUACAUACUACUCGAACCGGGAGGGACCGCAAACAAACAAAACGUUUCUAUCAUAAUGGUUGUAUUUGGUUUUAUAAACGAGAAAUAGAGAUUUUUCUAUGCAGAAUAGAAUCACCAAGGCAGCGGUACAGUCCAGCACAAGCAGCCUGAUUCGAUAUUUUACAUGGUUGUUGGGUGCAAAAGUGAUCGUGUAACAUUAAUACGAUCG